AUGUUUACACGACGAGCAGAACCAACAUCCUACUACAGCUAUGACCCCUCGUUGAGUGCCGCCGCUGUGUUUGCUGCGCUCUAUACCCUCGCUUUUAUCGGAGCCGUUGUCCAGUGGCUCCGCUUCAGACCUGUAGUAUGGCUGGUCAUGUUGAUUGCCGGAGCAAUGGAAGCCAUCGGCUACAUCUCCCGAACGAUAUCCGCCCAAGACACACAAGCGCGAACACCCUACGUUCUCCAAUUUGCUGUCCUUAUCCUCGCCCCAGUUCUCAUGGCUGGAGCCCUCUACGUCCUCUUCGGCCGCAUCAUCUACCUCGUCGUCCCAAAGGAGCAACGCACCUUCAGAAUCUGCUGGGUGCCGCCACGUUGGGUCACCCCGCUAUUUGUCGGGUUUGACAUCGCCGCUCUACUGCUCCAGCUCAUCGGCGCUCUCAUGAUCACCAGUGGUGAUGGGACAAGCAAAGAGGACCUCGACAUAUUUAAUCGCGGCCGCGAUCUUGCCCUCGUUGGGGUCGUUGUUCAAAUCGCCGCCUUUGGAAUUUUCACCAUCGCAGCUAUCCGGUUCAAUUUCACCUCAAAGGCGUUCAUCAAGGCUUUACCGUCAGAGCCGGUUUAUAACCAUGGCAACGACUCAUUCAGCAUGACCGUGCAAGAUAAACCAAGGAACGGCGACUGGCGGCAUCUGUUGCGCGCUGUGAAUCUGGCAACCGUUAUGAUCCUCAUUCGGUCUGUCUAUCGUCUCGUCGAGUUCACUGAAGGCCAUGGCGGCUACAUCAAUAAUCACGAGUGGCCCUUCUACAUCUUCGACUCAGUCCCAAUCCUCCCAUGCGUUGCACUCUUCGUCUGGUGGCAUCCUAGUCUGUAUCUGCCGUACUUGGGCUUCCGGCUUCCGGCCCAUGCGCGCUAG